AUGCCCAAGAAGUGACUACAUGUAAAUUAAAUUAAUAGGCAAAUACAUAUGUUUAGAAAUGUAUAUGUAUUUCAAAAAUGUAUUUGUUCUUAAUCAUAAUCACUCAUUAAAUGUAUAAUUAGCUUUAUGUGUACUGUUCCAGUAGACUCAAGUAUCUGUUCCAUGGGGGUGUGGCUUGGCGCGCAGACAAGAUGGCCGCUUGAGACCUCUGCUCCUGACACCGGGUCCCAAUAAUCGCAGCAAUAACCUGGUCCAGAUGGGUCAUACAAAGAAGCCCUGCAAUCCCCAGCCAAUGCGCCACGUUUUGACACCACACCGAGCCAUACCGAUGGACAAAUUUCUGUCCACGCCGGUGGAACUGGUGGACUUCACAGCCUUUCAUGUCCCCUCAGAACCCAAAAACCCUGCUCAUCUUGGAGGGCCCACAAUAUCCGAUGGCACAAGUGAGGGCCGACCUGCGUACAAUUUCGCAGGCCAUGUUCACCAAAACAGACGCAGGGGCAAUGGAGGCCUCCCUAAAAUGUUCCAUCCAGGCCAAACUGGCCAUGAUCCGCCAGGACGUUUCUUCAGCCACACUUCAGGCUUCAGCUACAACCUUCUCCCAGCAACAUAAUGCAGUUGAACUGGCAGCCACAAGACAGGGGAACAUGUUGCUGGAUGUUAGACGGCAUAUAGAAGACCUCGACAACAGAGGCAGGAGGUGCAAUAUUAGGAUACGCGGCCUACCUGACAACAUUCAGGGGGAACCACUUGAGGCCAUGCUGCAAGCACUCUUCAAUUUUAUCCUGGGGAAUGAUGAUCCAGAGAAUUUCCAAGUGCAUCGCGCACACAGGGCCCUCCGCCAACCAAGGACAGCUGUUUGCACUCGUUCCAGCAAAUAGAACGCAUUAUGCACCAAGCCAGAGAACGUCAGUUAACCUAACGUAAUGGUGGGGCUUCCCCUUCUGCCUAGAUGCAAGGUCUGGCAAAGCUUGGGCUAUGAUAAAGAUGCCAGAGGACGUAACAGGGUUUCUAAGAGACCUCACACGACAGUACAAAACUGGAUCCAUCCGACCACCCUACCACUGA